UCGACCGCCGCCAACGCGUGGAAGCGCUUAUCUUCCUUUUUUUAUACUUUUCUACUUUUAUACUUCACCGUCGUCGUCGGCUUGAGCAGUUCUCGAAGCGCUGCGAGCGGCGAAGAGGAAGGCUGUUCGAGACGAGAAAACCGCAGAAUUCCAUCGAGAAAGGCAACAGCUCGUCAUGCUGAGCUAGGGCAACGCACCUCCAAGAAAGCAACUACGGAACCUUUUUGUAAAAAACCAAAAAAAUAGUGAUAAACCCCACCAGCAACAUGCACAUCGAAGUGCAAGUAGCACUCAACUUCGUCAUUUCGUACCUGUACAACAAGCUGCCGAGGCGGCGCGUCAACAUCUUCGGCGAGGAGCUGGAGAAGGCCCUGAAGGAGAAGUUCGAGGGCCACUGGUACCCGGACAAGCCGUUCAAGGGCUCGGCGUUCCGCUGCCUCAAGACGGGGGACCCCGUGGACCCGGUGCUGCAGCGCGCAGCCAGGGAGGCCGGCGUACCGGUGCACGACGUGCUCGACAACCUGCCCCAGGAGCUCGCCGUCUGGGUGGACCCCGGAGAGGUGAGCUACCGGAUCGGCGAGAAGGGCGCGGUGAAGCUGCUGCUGAGCGACGGGGGCGGCCCGGCGGCGGCGUCGGCCGAGGACCGCGAGGUGACGCGCACCUUCAACCCGGAGGCGCAGUGCUUCCGGCCGGUGGAGGCGGAGGCGCACGCCGGCUCGGCGUCGCCGCAGCCCGCGCCCAGCCCGGCCGGGUCGCCGUCGCCCGUCGCCGCCUCCUUCCUCACCAGGCCGCCGCCGCCGCCGCUCACCUUCACCACCGCCACCUUCGCGCAGACCAAGUUCGGCAGCACCAAGCUCAAGACCUCCAGCAAGAGGGCCAACAGGAUGUCGCCGACGGAGUUCAGCAACUACAUCAAGCAGCGGGCGAUGCAGCAGCAGCAACAGCAGCAGCUGCAGUCGCCGCGGCCGCUGUCGCCGGCUGACUACUUCCUGCAGGGCUACCAACAGGCGCACGGCUCGCACUUCCCCUACCACGAGCUGUACCACGCGCCCCCGCCGCCACCCCCGCACCACCACCAGCUGUUUGGCGGCGCCGGCGCCGGCGCGGGGGCGGGCGCGGGCGCGGCGGCGGCCUCCUCCCCCGACGGUCCGCCGCCCUCGUCGGCCAAGCAGCUGCUGCCGCCCCCGCCGCCCCCGCACCACUACCAGGCGCACAGCCCGUACCAGCACCUGCUCGUAGCCAACUAGGCCCGCCCUCCAGCAGCAGCCGGCUUGAUCAUCUUCUAGUCGCAGGGUGGCGAGCACACCCUUUACCUUGGAUUACGAUUCGGGUCGCUCUAGAACCAACACCGUCUAAAAAAGAAAAAAAAAAAACUGAGACACACACACACACACACCAUAAUAUAUAUACAUACAUGAUGAUAUAUUUUUCCUUCCUUGGUUGGUUUGCCAAGCCACUGUUAUGUUGUAAAACUAGAAAGUAAUAUUUUAUAAUAUAUCUAUAUUUUUUACCCAUUUUUCUACAUUGUAACGAUAUGUUGAUCUUCACACCAAGGGGCGUGGCGCGUGGAGUGCGUCGCUGAGCGAUUGCGUCCCUGCGCUGCACGCCCCCGUGUUUCGAUUACGACAGACAGAGCAGCUUCGAUGUUGUUUGAAAACGAAAAAAAAAAAUGAAAAAAAAGUUCUGGUGGGCGUGUGCGACGAGCUCGCCUUCCACAUGUAAAUAGAAACUGCGAGAGUGAAAGGAAACAAAAGAAGAAAACCAAGAAUGGAGAUAAAAAAAGAUCACCGGUGAUUCAAGCUUUUUAUUUUGUUACUACGUUCGGAGGAGCUGAAAGAUUCAAAUAUUUUUCAAGUUUUUUGUACCGUGCCCUCGGAUCAGUAUUGUAGCCCGCUGCGCUAGCCGCCGCGGGCGCCAUUCGACUUUCUACGCUAGAUCUUCAUGUAUAGAGAUUAGUCAUAGCUACACAUAUUGUUUUGAUUUGUUCCUUUAUUUUUUCACUGAUUAUAUAUAUAUAUACAUAAGAGAUAUAUAUAUACAUAAAAUAGAUUUGCUAUAGCUAUUGUUUUUAUUUGUUUUUAUAUUGAAAUAUAUUUUGUUUAAUACUGACUAUUGUUAUGUUUGGUAUAAUAAUAUUAAUAUAUUAAUAAUAAUAUUAAAAUUAAUACUUCAAAGUACGUAUAGGGUCUGGUUUCAAUACAAUGUUGCUGAACGAAACGAAGAAAUGGUUAAUGGUACCUGAAAAAUAGUCAUUUGUCAGGCAAUGACGAGUUGGUUGUUUGCGGUUGUUGGUGAAGAAAUUUGGUGUUAAGGCGGAGGCUGUCUUGCCUGUGCGAUGGACGCAAACUGAGAUCGGGCCAGAGGGAGAUGCGGGUUCGUCGGUUGUGCACAGUUCCUAUAAGAACGUCCGAGUACAUUUUAUACAAACUAUCCAUUACUAAAUUCUAUGCACUCUAAGCAAAACGUUUACCUACUGAUACUGCAGAAUCCAUAAAAACAGAGUUACCAAAGUUACGUUUAUUUCUUAUUUUUAAUAUAAGACCUGUUUAGAAACAGAAAUAUAUGUGACCAGUGCAGCUUUCACUUCCGCUUUUCAACAUCUAACACAUUAACAGACACAAAAUUUUGAUAAUGCUUAUUUCUUAGCAAAUCAGCUCCUAAUUCCCUUAACAUCAAAGCAUAGCACAGAAAACUUGAAAGUGCUGUUCGUGUCAAGCACCUCUUCCUUUUGUAAGCGAACAACUACACUCAAACAAAAAGCAUUGUGAUUAACUAUAGUCCGUAUUUUUUUCUAUUUUGUGCUUCUACGAGACGUUUGGGCUAUCAUCAGUGCAAAGACUGUUUUGAUGCAGCUCUCCACACUAGUCCACUUCUUCAUCUCUGCAUAACUAUUUCAACCUAUAUCCACUUUAACCUAUUUACUGUUGUGUAGUCCCGGUCUUCCUCCACAAUUUUUAUUUUAUCCUCCUAGACUUCAUUACCAAAUUGACUACUCCUCGAUGCGUCGGGAUGUCUCGUAACCUAUCCCUUGUGCCAUCAUGCUCUUUUCUCUCGUUUUCAUUUCAGUAUCUCAUGAUUACUUAUUCACUCUACCAAAGUAAUCUUCAAAAUUAUUCUGCAGCAGAUUUCAAAAUCUUUAUUAUCUUCUUGUCUGUGGUGUUUGCUUUCCACAUUUCACUUCCAUGUAAGGCUAUACCCAGAACAAAUACUUUCAAAAAGGCUUCUAGCUCUUAAAUUUACAUUUAGCGACAACAUGUCUCUCUGUGUCGCGAAAGCUUUCAUUGAUAUUGCCCAGCAUACACUUCAUAUCCUCCUUCCUUCUCCUGGCGUGUAUUACUUUGCACUUCUCCUGACGUGGAUUACAUUGCUGUCAAAAUAACCAAUGCAGCUUCUACUUCAGAGUCUCAUUUACUAAUUUAGUUCCCUCAGCAUCACAUGACUUAAUCCAACAGUCCUCAGUUACCCUUUUCUUAUCUCUAUCUCUUUUCAAGACACUAUCAGCAUUUUCAACUGAUCUAUCGUUCUUUGUUGUAAGUGUUAUACAAUCUGAACAGUUAUUUACUUGGGUUUCAUUUAUUUAGUGGGUGUUGUUGAAUGAGAAGGAGUCUGUGUGACAAAUAAAUCAUUGCAACCUAGGUAACUUUUAACAAUCAGUGCAUAAAUAAGUGUAAUCCAUGCAGUAAUGUAUUUGGCUUCUAUUUAGUCCAGAAACCAAUAUAAAGAGAAUAGUUUUUGACACAACUGUAGUACAUGAUUUCCUGAAACCACGGAAACUAUUUAAUGUUAAAAUGGUGCCACAGUUGAGCAGAUAACUAGCUGGUCGUUCCCACGUCUACAAUACAACCGACGAAUCACGUCUGCCGUCUGGUUUUGAAUAAGCAAUAGCAGUUUCCGCCCAGCCGACUGUUUUUGCGGUAGAUAUGACUAGCAAAUAAAGGAAAGUGACAGGGAUAUCUUCUGUGAGAAGCAACUCAGAAAGUGGCAACAUUGACUCUUUUUUAUCUACAACGUCCGUGUCAGAUUUUUCUUUUUCAUCCCGUUUUUUGUGGAGCUACAGAAGUAACGUUAAUAAAUACACACAUAUAUAAAUAUAUAUAUAUAUAUAUAGGGCAUAGCAAAGUCGGCGACGACGGUCUAUCUUUUUUACCUAACGUGAUUUCAGUGUCAAUAUCAAUUACAACUAUUUAUAGUAGCGAGGUAGAAUUUAGCUUUAGGAAGGCGGCCUUACAGCGGAGGUGGCGCAGCCAGCGGGCGAUUUGCGCACUACCGGACGAGGCAGGGACGACGAGAACGCCGAACUUGGCCGAAGUCGCACAGUGUCUGUGAUACAGGGGGGCUACUAUGCUCCCGUCGUUUGCGACAAGCGCUUCUUGUGGCGAUCGACGCCUUGCACCAUUUUCGUGCGAAGUUCGCCAGGAGACUAAUGUUCUGCCUGUCGCUUCGCGAACUAUGGACCGUCGGUAAACUAAUGUGCAGGCGAGGCACAUAUACAGUAUUUCCAGCGCGAAAACUAAAUCGCGUAUAACGUGUCCGUAGCGGAGCAGUCAGUUCGGCUACAUCGAACCCCAGUUCGACCCAAAACAUUGUCGCGGAUUUUGCCUUAGUGUGAGGACUGGUAAGAAUUUAUUUGGCGUCGCCGGCACGACAGAGAUGUGGUAACCACGUACAGCUACAGUAAUACCGUCGGAGACGUCUUAAACCUGUAUUACUUGAGGAACUAUCGAGUGAUCGGGUGACUGAAUGCGGACUCGGAAGCAGACAUUGCGUCCCAUAUGGGCAACAGGUACGCUGAUUCUCGAAGCAUCCGCGUGACCAUUUAUGUUACCCAGUUGCAGUCUGUAUGAGAAUUCAGUCAUUCGUGGGUUGCGAGAUACGGGUUCGAGACAGAAGAUGAUACAGCGGUCGGUUUGCUUUUACUGCCUCACUUGCUUCAUCGCGAUGUCUGCUUCUUUUUUUAAUUGCUACUGAAAAAUUUAGCUUACCGCGAUAGGAUUUAAAAUGCUACCUCGAGGCAAGAUUCUAAAAUGUAGGCACCAAAACUGACGUCUCGUGUUGCGCGUCCGCGGAAGAGUAAAGUACUCAACCUGGAAAUGUCGCCGAACUACAUCGUCUAGAGCCCGAUGUGUAUCUGGACCGAUAGAGCUCUGGGCGAACUAACGUCGCGUCGCAAGAGGCCCGCUCGGCUAUUUCGGCUGUCUCGACGUACACAAUGUUUGUGAUAAAAGUAGUAAUUUGUGAUCUCAGACAUGUUCGAUAAUCACGCUCUGUAACAAGUACUGAAACAGAAAAACACGCACCUUGGAGUUUCUUGCGCCGUUGUCGGUGAUGAAUAUUUGCAGAUGCCACUCUGGUGUCGUGGAAACGAUGUUCGUAUCUUCACCCAGCAACCACUACGACACGUCGAGUCUGAAAAUAUGACUUUCGCGUGCUCUAUUGAUACGGGUGUUGAGCUCUGGCGAGGUUCAGAGGGAAAAACCUUGUGGUUCCCAAACUACUUCUGCCGUCAUUGUUUCGACAACGGCAGAAAUUGUUGCCCGCAGAGGGGGAAAGUAGGCUGAUUAGGUGAAGCGAUGCACGGGCGGAAAUGCUAGUGACGCCCGCGGCAGCCCGACGCACCCCUCGCGCUCCGUCGUCGACGUCAGCGCGAGUGGUGGCCGGGCUGAGGUUUGCAGAGGCCAGACUCUUCUAAUCUCGCGCGGCUAGCAGUCGCAAGCCCUGCGUCCGUUGCGACCGCUCGCCGGCGCACCCACGUUUUUUGCUCUUAUAGUGGCCGCCGUCAUAGUGAGAACGGAUUUUUCCAUCCCGUUACUAUAAUAUACAUGUGUAUAAUAGUCUAUAAUUUUUCAUAUUGUUGUACGAAUUUUUAAGUUUAUAUUAAAAUGUUUUGUGCAUUCAUAAAA